AGAGCAGAUACACCGUGCCAUAUACUGCGCACACAAGGGCAUCGUUGGCUCGUGGUGUGCUCCGUCGCUCAAGAUGUUCGCGUUCAAGCUGUCUGCGUUGGCAGGCUUUGCCGUUCUAGCUGCCACAGCUGUGCCGAACCUUGUCAAUCCUCGCGCCACGACGACUGUCGAUCCUUCUUGCCCAAUCGUCUCCACAGAGGUAGUCACCCAGACGUUGUCGGUCAUCGCUCCCACGACGACGGGGCCCUUCGAGACGACGACCUUCACGGUGACGUCCUUCAGCUUCCCGGAGGAGACCACCACGAGGACGCUGGUCGAAGGCGACGGCAAGACGCAUACGGUCACGUUUGGAUACAUCGACACUGGGCCAUUCCCGUCCGAUUGUCACUGUGCGUUUUUGGGUCGAUAUCAAGGACAGCGCGGGCUAACAUCGUUCAUAGUCACUUAUACGAAUAUUCAGUACUGAGGUUUGGGUUACAGGGAGUAGUAGCCAGCGCGUCAAGAGGCAGCUCAUUGUUCUGCUAGGGCCGUGAAUUGUAUAUCAAUGCUUUGUGAAUGGGCAUCUGCUACCUGCAUGGCUGCCAUAUACCUCC